GGCUAAACUGCCCGGUAGUCCGUAGAAGUCUUUGUUCACUGCACACUGUAGAGAAUUUACAAUUUAAUUGGUAAUUCUUAAUUAUUUAUUCACAUGAAUACUGUCAACUACUUGACAGUGUCAAGUCUGCAUGCAUGAUCGUGAAAUGUAGGAUGACAAGCAGGUGUCUCAUCUGUUCGGGUCUUGGCGUCACAACUGUACCCACCGGCAGUUCCGACGAAGCACUUUCCUACCUAUGUGAAAAGUUGCGAUUACCUUAUUCUCAAGUUGAACAGACGAUAACCUUCUGUGAUAAUUGUCACUCUUUGUGGGAAGACUUUGCCCCCCUUUACCAUUUGGUGAAUAAGAAGGUUGGACAAUUUCAAGAUCGAAGACAAAAGAUUGCUACUGCAAAUGACCAAGCUCCAGCUUCUGUCAAAAUCGAACCAUCGGACGACGUCAUCGAUGUUUGUCCACGAGGGGAUGAGUACAUAGAAAAGGACGCGGACUCGAGUGGGAGUGAGGAAUAUAAGUUGGAUUUUUUCAGUUCAAUUCUGUCCACAACUGAAGCUGACAAUGACAUUCCUUCUAUUGAUGCUUCUAUUGAUGAAAGCAUUACUCGUCAAUCAAACAAACAUCAUCGUCAACGUAAACGCAAACAUAAGGGUGACGAUAACGAUGUGAAUAACAGCCAUGGUCCUUCCAAACGCCAAUGUUUGGACAUAAACUUGUCGGAGGGGUGUUCAUUUCCAUCUAUCAAAGUUGCGAGAAGUUUAAUUACAUCUACAGGGAACUGGAGUCAGGAUAAGAUUUUCUGUAAUGUGGAUGGAGUAAAGCUAGGCUUUUUUUGCAAGAAAUACUGGCAGGGCUGUGGUGCUCGUUUGCAAGUAAUUGCUCCAAUCGGCUCAAAAGAGUGUCACGUGGAAAAAAUGGACACACUUCAUACCCAUACUCAUUUAUCUGCAACGAAGAAGCGACCAGCAUACGGAAUAAAUUCCAUACUUAUGGGACAGAUAAUUGAACUGGUCCAACGAGGAACGAUAACAUCUAACGCCAUUGUCGAAGCGCUUACAACUUCCGGAUUUGAACCCCCACCGGAACAGAUUAUAGUCAAUUUUCUAUUCAUAGUUCGGAACAAGUUAUGGGAGAAGGAAAAGACACGACGCGUGGAAGAAAAUCCCAUGACUAACAUUGAUAUACCACGCCGAAAAAAGGGUGCUGCUUGGACUGAAGACGAAAAACAAUGGGCCACAAGGUUGGUACCAGCGGAUUUUGACCACACACACAACAGCAUCAAACAUGCAUAGUAGAUUCGGUAAUCAGUGUGUAUUAAUUCUUAACAUUUCUGGGUGACAAGUAACCCUUCAUAUUUUUAUAAAGUCUCAAAAAAAUACACGAACAAAAUCAAUAAAAACAAAUUCAUGUAAAAUUGA